UGUCAUGUGUCAAUCUGAGUUUGGAAUAAAUCAGAUUUGUUUAUUGUGCUAGAAAAGCUAUCCCCAAUUACUAUUGUUUUCUACGCGACCCUUAUAUAUAAUUGUAUGCAAUUGAAUUGAGAAAUAAUUGAAAUGGAUAUUUAUGGAUACGCUGCAUAUCAGUAUAAUCAGUCGGAUGAACUGGCGACGCAAAUGUUUGCUCAACAAGCUCUUGCUUCCUCAGUGCAAUAUCCCGAUUCCCAUCGUGGAUUGCCAGGACAAGAUGCGCACACUAUGCCAGUCCCCACGGGAACACCGUGGAACGUUCAAAGCCUACCAUGGAGCUUGCAAUCUCCUCCUAACCUUGUCCACUUUACAGCACAAAUGGAUAAACCACUCUUACAUUGUAAGAGAAAAAGUACAGAUUUGGAACCCGUAAUACCUUCAAAGCAAUUAAUAACAGAGGAAAAAAUGGCAGCCCAUUUCAACAGUCUUCACAUAUCGGCUGAUUACACACAGCAUUCACUGGCAUCUGAAGAUGUUAUGGAACUGGCUGUAGACCCUGUAUCUAUCUCUGAAAGAUUAAAAGGACACAGAAUUGUGCUCUCCGAGGAUGUUAAGAAGUUGAAAGAUGAGCCUUUGUUACCCCCAACCCUAAUUGAAAGCAUCCAAAAACCCCAAAUGUCCCUAGUGGUUUGGAAGCCUCGUGAAGAAAUCAUUAAAGUUAAAACAGAUGACGAGAAAUCAGAACAAGAUGAAGAAUUCAGAAGAAGAAAUGGUGUUCUUGUUCCACCGGAACCAUCAGGAAUGGAGGUUGAAAUGUGAUCUUUGUAAGUUGUUGUAAUAGUAAGAACUGAUUUGUAUGGUAUAUUUUAGUCAAUAGUAGUAAAGUAACAAACUAUCAUUAUUUUUUAAAUAUAAAAUUUUUCAAUAAAUAUUGAUGAUUGAAAAUUGAUAUGGUUUGAUCAAUAUUUCCAACAAUAUGACAUGUUCUUUAGUGACAAUAUGUAGAAAAUUUACAUGUAUUGCCUCAUAUUAUACUCAUAUAAAAUAAAUAUUUCAUGUUAUUUAAAGAAGUAAUUUACUGUUUAUCUUAGUUCCUGAUAACAUUUGCAUUCAGGUUAUCUUUUUAAUUGUCAAAUAAAGUCUAGUUGUAAUACAAAGUAGAAAUAACCGCUACAAAAAUCAACAUAUAAAACUGUAAGUAAUUAAAUAAGAUACCUCUUAACUAGGCAAAAUUUGAAACAGAAAAUACCCAAAAAUAUUUGAUAAUACCAGUAUAGCCCAGAUUAUUAAACAUAAUUUUUCAGCCUAAAAUAAAAUUGAUUGAAAGGAUAUCAUUUGUAUAAUGCUAUAAAGUAGUUUCAGAUUUUGCCUUACUUUAAGACUGGGAAAGAUCAGAAAAAAAAUCAUCUUUGAUAUUUGUACCCCUCAUUGAGUUGUCUACAGUUUUUAAUGUUGAAAAUCUAAUAUAUUUAAUUAAUAAUGGUUUUAUGUCUUAGAAAUUCUUACAAUAUGUAAUUUUUAAAGUUUAAGUGUAAUUGUGUAAAUAAUUAAUAAUUUUGUAUUCUUGUUAUAUUAGGUAUGUAAGAUCCAUUUCUGCCUUAUUUUUGUCUAUAAGUAAUAAAGAAAGUCACAAUAAA